GUACCUAUCGUGUCACUGACAGAGAGCCCAGCCUGGAGUUGCUUAGCGCUGGUGGUGAAUAGCCACUGCUGAGGUAACGGGCGGAGGAGAAGAAGCCGGAGAAGGAGUCAGCAGUGGCAGAGGAGUGAUAGUUCGGAGUUAGUCUCUUAGAAUUAACAAUAUUACGUUUAUUAGGUAAUCCUUACAAACAUCACAAGCAAGAGAAGCAAAAAAAAAUAAGGAAAGAUGGCGGCCGCGGCCUCGCCGGGCUUCGGCUCGUCCACCCCUUCAGACUGGAUCGUACUGAGAGACGGUUGCCUGCGCUGCGACGAGGAGGGCCUGCGAAGCCUUUCCUACCACCCGGCCCUCAACACUAUCUUGGCCGUUACGAGCCGCGGCAGUAUCAAAGUAAUUGACGGGACUUCGGGGGCCAUUCUCCAGGCUUCAGCGUUGCACGCGAAACCUGGCGGUCGUGUCAGGUGUCAGUACUUUCCCGCAGUGGACAAGGUGCUUUUUGUGAACGACUAUGCAGUGGGAUGCAGGAAGGACUUGAACGGUAUCCUGCUCCUGGACACAGCUCUCCAGCUUCCGGUGGCCAAACCGGAGGAUAUGGUUCAACUGGAGCUGCCGGUCACAGAGGCCCAGCAGAUGCUGUCAGCCUGUCAGGAGAAGAUCGAUGUGUCUAACACUGAGGGCUAUGAACUCUUCAUCACCCAGCUCAAAGAAGGCCUGAAGAAUACCUCACACGAGACAGCGGCCAAUCACAAAGUGGCCAAGUGGGCGACAGUGACCUUCCAUCUUCCCCACCACAUGCUGAGGCUGGUGGCCAGUGCCAUCGUCAAUGAGCUCAAGAAGAUAAACCAGAACAUCGCUGCCUUGUCUGUGGCCUCAUCCAUCAUGGACAGGCUCUCUUACCUCUUGUCAAGCACCAGGCCCGAGCUUGGGGUGGGCCCCGGUCGCUCUGUAGAUAGAUCUCUGAUGUACAGCGAGGCCAACAGGAGGGAGACUUUCACGUCGUGGCCGCAUGCUGGAUACAGGUGGGCUCAGCCUGAUCCAAUGGCUCAAGCCGGAUUUUACCACCAGCCUGCCUCAACGGGAGACGACAGAGCGAUGUGUUUCACCUGCAGUGUGUGUCUGGUCUGUUGGGAACCUACGGAUGAGCCCUGGUCCGAACACGAGCGGCAUUCUCCCAACUGUCCUUUUGUGAAGGGCGAGCACACGCAGAACGUGCCGCUGUCAGUUACACUUGCCACCAGCCCCGCCCAAACUCCCAACAGCCCCGACAGUUCGGACAAGAUCGCCUGCUAUGGCUUCGGCAGCUGCCCACAGUUUCUGGCUGCUGCCACCAAGAGGGGCAAGAUCUGCGUAUGGGAUGUCUCCAAAAUGAUGAAGGUGCACUUGAAGUUUGACGUCAAUCCAUACGACCCGGCCAUUCUGCGGCAGCUGAUUCUGUGCGGUGGUGAGCAGAGCCAUCAGGCGCUGACGGAGUCUCGGAGACCAACUCUGGCCUGGCUGGAAGAGUCGUCGUCCUGCUCUGACCUGCCCAAGCUAGAAGGAGACAGCGAUGACCAGUUGGAGGACUCGGACAGUGAUGAACAUUCUCGUUCAGAGUCAGUAACAGGCCAGCAGUCCCGGUGGGAAAGUAUGGACAUGAGCCUAGGAGUGACCUCGCUGAGUGUUCUCCAGCAGCCAGAGAAGCUGCAGUGGGAGGUGGUGGCCAGUGUGCUGGAGGACACUGUUAAGGAUCUGGAGGAAUUGGGGGCCAACCCCUCACUAAAGAAAGGCAAGGCUUACAGCCAGGCCAAAGCAAAGGAUAAGUUUCCUGAGCACCACAACAUUCCCUUCCCCUGUCUACUGGCCGGCGGCCUGCUCAGCUACCGCUCAGCAUCAGGCACCCCCAUGGCUGGACCCCCCCCCACAUCCCCGGCCAAAACACGCAGGACCACAGAUGGUCCCCUAAGGACUCAGGGGCCUGAGUCUUUCCUAAACCCUGGGCCUCUUCAGGACCAAGGCCCCAUGGAGAUAGAGACCUGCAACCCCCAGACUGCAGCCCAGGAGCAGGUCUUCUCUAAGCUGGUAGGUUCCCAACCACCAAGCCCGUCUUCUCUGCCAGCUGUUCGUAGGACUAUACCUGUGCUGCUCCUGUACAGCAUCAGAGAGGUGGAUGACAAGUCCUCAGGGCAGGGGUUUUCUCAAAUGAACAACCUGAUGAGCAAGGGGCUGCACGAGGAGGGCUUCACUGUGCCACAGAUUAUAGAGAUGGAGUUUGACUCGCAUGAGCAGCUUCUCCUUCAGGAUCCUCCCAUCACUUACAUUCAGCAGUUUGCUGAUGCAGCAACAAAUCUGGCAGGGUUGGACGGUCAUACAGAAAAAUGGAGCCCGCUGGCUGCAGCAACUUCUUCCACCCCGCCUCGACCAGGAACUCUGGUGCAGUGCUUGAGGCUGCCGAAACAGCUGGAAGAGGAGAAUCUUUACGUGGACUCUAUCACACCCUGCUGGGACGGUGUGCACCUUCUGGUCGGUCUGCAGCCUUGUAGCGCUGAAUCUCUCAGUGCUACAAACCAAGUGGAGGCUCUCAACAAUCUCAACCGGCUGCACUCUGCCCUCUGCAGCCAGCGCAAGGGAGACCCCUUACACUUAGUGGCCAAUGGGGUGGAGGGCCACCAUUCAGGGGGGUCACCGCCUCAGACACCCCUCAUUCUGCCCCCAGGAGAGCAGCAGCAGCAGCAGCAGCAGAGGGCCCCAACUGGUGGGAGUGGAGGAUAUCUCGCACUCUACAAACUCAACUACUCCACCCGUAUUGUCACCUUGGACGAAGAACCUGUCAAGGUGCAGCAGAUCUGGGACCCUUGUGAUGCCAUCACCUCUCUUAUAUUGCUUCCUCCAGAUGUGCUUGAUAGCAGGGAGGAUGAUAGUGAAGAAUCUCCAGAGGCGGCGCACUCCUCUGGGUCUAAGAAUGGCUCAUCUGGCUUUGGAUCGGGCCCAGCAGGCUCUGCUGGCUCUGGAACUAGGACUGCAUGUGGAGCAGCCAUAACUAGCAGCAGCGCUACGGCCACCGGGCCAUCAGGCUCCGCUAUGGGCCACAAAGAGGGCAGGCGCUUAGAGGUUGCAGGCCUCGGCCACCUGGUGGUGACCACGCGGGCUGGCUACGUCAUGAUACUGGACCUGUCCACGUUGGAGGUCUUGGCCAAGGUGGAGCCGCCUAAGAAGGAAGGGCCAGCAGAGGAGACUGACCCCUUUGUGUCUGUUACCUAUUGCUCUGGGACUGACCGCCUUUGUGCCUGUACCAAAGGUGGAGAACUUCAUUUCCUUCAAAUUGGAGGUGUGUGUGACGACGUAGAUGACGGAGACAUGUUUAUUGAUGGGCCCCUCUCUAAAGGGGCUGAACUGUUUGAGGGGGCCAAGCCCUCAUCCAACCCCUCCAGCCCUGGGAUCACAGGAGUGGACCUCCUGGUGGACCAACUGCUAACCACGGAGAGCUUGAUGUCACUGGUAGAACUAACGCGCUUUGAGACGCUGACCCCGCGCUUCUCGGCCACAGUGCCGCCGUGCUGGGUUGAGGUGCAGCAAGAGCAGCAGCAGCGCCGCCACCCACAGCACCUUCACCAGCAGCACCAUGGAGACGCAGCCCAACACACCCGGACCUGGAAGCUUCAGAGUGACGGCUCCAGCUGGGACGAGCAUGUGUUUGAGCUGGUGCUGCCUAAGGCCUGCAUGGUGGGCCAUGUGGACUUCAAGUUUGUCCUGAAUGCCAACAUAGUAAACAUUCCUCAGAUCCAGGUCACUUUACUGAAGAACAAAGCACCGGGGCUGGGCAAAGUCAGUGAGACGGCCGUGGACAGGCAGAUAUCCUUCCCCCUCUCCAGCGUACUCCAUGCUAACGGGCAAAGGAACGGCCAGCCUCUGCUGCACGACUUCACAGAGGACAUCCAGUUCAUGGACAUAGAAGAGACAUCAGGCUCUGUGCUGUGUCCAUUCUUAGAGGACCACAAGGAGGACAUCCUGUGUGGUCCAGUAUGGCUGGCCAGUGGGCUGGACCUCUCUGGCCACGCAGGCAUGCUCAGCCUAACCAGCCCCAAGCUUGUCAAAGGCAUGACAGGAGGCAAGUACCGGUCCUUCCUGGUUCACAUCAAAGCCGUGAGUGAUAGAGGCAUGGAGGAGAGCCGGCCUGUGGUGAGAAUGCCCAGCGCCAAGCCUCAGGGCAGCAAAGGCCACUCACUGUCCACUCUGCUGCAACGGGCACAGGCCUCCAAGGUGUCUGCAGUGAAAACCGAGUCCUCACCUCCCUUGAAGAAAGUAGAAAACCUGCGAGGCUGUGACCUGCUGCAGGAGGUUUCCGUCACAAUAAGAAGGUUUAAGAAGACUUCAGUGCCCAAAGAAAGGGUCCAACGCUGUGCAAUGCUGCAGUUCCCGGACUUCCACGAGAAGUUGCUGGACGCGCUUUGUCGGCAGGCAGACGUCGGCCCCGUCACUGAGCACGCUCAGAGGCUCAUCCUGGACAUCUUGUGCUGGCUGGCUGGAGUUUUCUCCAACGGACCCUGCAGUGUAAGAGAAGGAAAGGAGGGCCUGCUGGCCAAAACCCGGACGCGGCUGACCGAUAUUGUGCAGAUGUGUUUCUUCGAGGCUGGCCGCAGCAUAGCGCACAAGUGUGCGCGCUUUCUUGCACUUUGUAUUAGCAAUGGGAAAGGGGAGCCAAGUCAGCAGGGUUUUGGCGUGAGUCUUCUGAAGGCUAUGCUGGACAACAUGCCUUACUUGCCUGCUGCAGCAACAGGUGGGUCGGUGUUCUGGUACUUCGUCUUGCUGAACUAUGUGAAGGAAGAAGAUCUGGCGUUCUGCAGCACCUCCUGCGCCUCUCUGCUCACCACCAUCUCUCGUCAGCUGCAGGACCGCCUCACCCCGCUGGAGGCACUACUGCAGACCAGGUACGGCCUGUACAGCUCUCCCUUUGACCCAGUGCUCUUUGACCUUGAGGUCAGCGGUUCCUCCUGCAAGAAUGCCUUCAACAGCAGCAUCGGAGUCCAGUCGGAUGAGAUUGACCUCUCUGACAUCUUAUCAGGGAAUCGGGAAAGUGAGCAGCUGUCGGCAGCAGAAGGCAGCUUCACAGCAUUAACAGGACUCUUGGAGGUAGAGCCUUUGCACUUUACUUGUAUCUCCACUAGUGAUGGGACACGGGUGGAACGAGACGACGCCAGCAUGUUCACUGUGAGUACGUUUGGUGUGACACCUGCGGUGGGCGGCCUGUCGGCAGGGACAGUUGGUGAAGCUUCUACAGCUCUGAGCUCUGCAGCCCAGGUGGCGCUCCAAUCGCUGUCCCACGCCAUGGUGUCUGCGGAGCAGCAGCUGCAGGUCUUACAGGAGAAACAGCAGCAGCUUCUGAAGCUGCAGCAGCAGAAGGCCAAGCUUGAGGCCAAGCUGCAUCAGACCACCUCUGCAGCGGCCACAGCCUCCGGGGUGGGGCCCAUCCACAACUCUGUGCCUUCUAACGCCUCCUCUGCACCGGGGUUCUUCAUUCACCCCUCUGACGUCAUCCCCCCGACACCCAAAACCACCCCCCUCUUCAUGACCCCUCCUCUCACGCCGCCAAACGAGGCUGUGUCGGCGGCCUUCAGCGCUGAGCUGGCACAUCUGUUCCCCGGCUCCAUGAUGGACCCUGGGCCUGUGAACCUGGCUGCGCACAAGACCAGCCAGAAAGCCAAGCCGAGCUCCAUGGGCAGUGGUCUGGCUUUGGCCAUUUCUCAAGCUUCUCACUUCCUGCAGCCUCCUCCACACCAGUCCAUCAUUAUAGAGCGGAUGCACUCUGGAGCUCGUCGCUUCGUCACGCUGGACUUUGGCCGCCCUGUCCUGCUGACUGAUGCCCUGAUCCCGACCUGUGGGGACCUGGCCUCUCUGUCCAUAGACAUCUGGACUCUGGGUGAGGAGGUGGACGGUCGCAGGCUGGUGGUGGCCACCGACAUCAGCACCCACUCCCUCAUUCUGCACGACUUGCUGCCGCCACCUGUCUGCAGGUUCAUGAAGAUCACUGUGAUUGGGCGCUACGGCAGCACUAAUGCUCGGGCAAAGAUCCCACUGGGCUUCUAUUAUGGCCACACUUACAUCCUGCCAUGGGAGAGCGAGCUUAAGUUGAUGCAUGAUCCUCUCAGAGGAGAGAGCGAGGCAGCCUGUCAGCCAGAUGUUGAUCAGCACUUGACUAUGAUGGUGGCCCUGCAGGAGGACAUCCAGUGCAGAUACAAUCUAGCUUGCCAUCGGCUGGAGACCCUUCUGCAGAACAUCGACCUGCCGCCUCUCAACAGCGCCAACAAUGCACAGUAUUUCUUACGAAAGCCAGACAAGGUGGUGGAGGAGGACCAGCGUGUUUUCUCAGCAUACCAGGACUGCAUCCAGCUGCAGCUGCAACUCAACCUGGCUCACCACGCAGUCCAGCGGUUGCGUGUGUCGCUGGGGGCCAGCCGAAAGUCGCUCCCCACAGCUGCUGCGCCAGAGGUCCAGGAGCUGGUCCACAACUCCUCCACGGAGCAGCUGAGGACCAUCAUCCGCUACCUUCUGGACACAUUGCUCAGCCUGCUGCACUCCAACAAUGGCCACUCUGUGCCCUCGGUGCUCCAGAGUACCUUCCAUGCCCAGGCCUGUGAGGAACUCUUCAAACACCUUUGCAUCAGUGGGACUCCCAAGAUCCGUCUGCACGCCGGCCUCCUGCUUGUGCAGCUUUGUGGAGGCGAGCGUUGGUGGGGUCAGUUCCUCUCCAACGUGCUGCAGGAGCUCUACAACUCUGAACAACUGCUCAUCUUCCCUCAGGACAGGGUGUUCAUGCUCCUGUCCUGCAUCGGCCAAAGAUCCCUGAGUAACAGUGGUGUGCUUGAGGGCCUCCUGAACCUCCUGGACGGUUUGCUGUGUCCACUGCAGCAGUCACAAGCUGCAGCCCAGCGCAGGACUGAAGGUGUUUUGGAUAUUCCCAUGAUCAGCUGGGUAGUGAUGUUGGUGUCCAGACUCCUGGACUGUGUGGCCAGUAUCGAAGAUGAGGCCGCAGGCGGGAAGAAGCAUCUUGGAGGGAAAGAGCGAGAGAGAAGUUUUACGGGUAUUCAGUGGAGCUUCAUCAACAACAGCCUUCACUCUCAGAACUCCAGCAGGUCAGCUAAGGGCAGCAGCAGCCUCGACCGACUGUACUCGCGCAAGAUCCGCAAGCAGCUUGUCCACCACAAGCAGCAGUUAAAUCUGUUGAAAGCAAAACAGAAAGCUUUGGUGGAGCAAAUUGAGAAGGAGAAGAUACAGAGCAGCAAAGGCUCCUCCUACAAACUGCUGGUGGAGCAGGCCAAGCUCAAACAAGCCACAUCCAAGCACUUUAAAGAUCUGAUCCGCCUGCGGCGCACGGCCGAAUGGCCCCGCUCCACGUUUGACACCGAGUCCACAACAGCCAAAGAAGCCCCAGAGGUAGAGCCUCUGCCCUUCACACUGUCCCAUGAGCGCUGCAUCUCUGUGGUGCAGAAGCUGGCCCUCUUCCUCCUCUCCAUGGACUUCACCUGCCACGCUGACCUGCUCCUCUUUGUCUGCAAGGUUUUGGCAAGGAUUGCCAAUGCCACGCGACCCACAAUCCACCUGUGUGAAGUGGUGUCCGAGCAGCAGCUGGAGCGUCUGCUGCUCCUGCUGGUGGGGACUGACUUUAACCGAGGAGACAUCUCCUGGGGGGGUGCCUGGGCACAGUAUUCCCUCACCUGUAUGCUACAGGACAUCCUAGCAGGUGAAUUGCUUUCUGCGGGCUCUCUAGACGUCAUGGAUGAGGCGGCGGUGGGCGAUGAGGCCGGGGCAUCGUCCUCCUCAGCAGGAGCUGAUUCAGACGACUCCCUACCCAGGCCAGGCCCCACCCCCCUGGUAGAGAGCAUUGAUGAGGCCCUGGGGCCUGAGAUCAUUGCAGGUGCUCCACCUCUGUCAUCUUUGGAAAAAGAUAAAGACAUAGACUUUGACUUGCUACAAGACCUGAUGGAUGUUGAUAUUGAUCCUUUAGAUAUUGAUUUGGAAAAAGAUCCCCUUGCUGCCAAAGUUUUUAAGCCUAUCAGCAGCACCUGGUACGACUACUGGGGCGCUGACUAUGGCACGUACGCGUACAACCCUUACAUUGGAGGGGUUGGCAUCCCAGUGUCCAAACCUCCAGUUGCUGUGGAGAAACCCGGCUCCCAGAGUCUGUCAGUCUCUGUGUCACAGGCACUAGAUGCGCGGCUGGAGGUGGGCCUGGAGCAGCAGGCUGAACUGAUGCUUAAAAUGAUGGCGACUCUCCAGGCCGACUCAAUUCUACAGUCCCUCACUUCAAGCUCUUCUACAGUGAGCCAGGCCUCCAAUGGGACUGAUGACUCCCUGCUGAGGGCUCUACAUGGAGGAGGCUCUCCUCCGACCAGCGGCCUGAUGAUCCAGCCCUCGUCUAUCCCCAUGUUGAGUUCCUGCUUCAACAAGCUCUUCUCUAUGCUGCAAGUCCACCACGUUCAGCUGGAGUCUCUGCUGCAGCUGUGGCUAACACUCAGUCUCAAUACAUGUUCUGGUGGCAGUGAAGAAGGGGGAUCAGACAUCUUCAUGUUCAAUGCCAGCAGAGUGCCCACCAUCCCACUUAACCAAGCAUCCAUCAGCAGUUUCCUGACAGUGCUGGCGUGGUACCCAAACACCUCCCUGAGAACAUGGUGUCUGGUGCUGCACUCUCUCACACUGAUGACCAACAUGCCAGUCUGCGCCUCCAACAACGGGAUGAGCUCUCAGGAGAGCACAGCAGAGCAGAUCGUUUCCGAUCCCACCCUGGUUCAUGUCCUGGUGCGCUUCCUAUCCGGCUGCAGCACCAGCGGGAACAGCCAGCACAGCUCUCAGGUGGGACCCACCGCCACGCAGGCAAUGCACGAGUUUUUGAGCCGCCUGCAAGUCCACCUGUCCUCCAGCUGCCCGCAGAUGUUCAGCGAGUUCCUGCUGAAACUCAUGCACAUCCUGUCGACUGAGAGGGGUCCGUUCCAAUCGGGCCAGGGCCCGCUGGAUGCCCAGGUGAAACUAUUGGAGUUUACUCUGGAGCAAAACUUUGAGGUGGUGUCAGUGGCGACCAUCUCCUCUGUCAUCGAGUCCAUCACAUUCUUGGUUCACCACUUCAUCACCUGCUCCGACAAAGUGGUGUCGCGCAGCGGCUCAGACAGCUCUGUGGGCGCCCGGGCCUGUUUUGGUGGUUUGUUUGCCAACAUCAUCCGGCCAGGAGAUGCGAAGGCUGUCUGUGGGGAGACAACGCGCGACCAGCUGAUGUUUGACCUCCUCAAGCUGGUCAACUUGCUGGUGCAGCUGCCUCUCUCCGGGGACAGAGAGUUCAGCGGACGUCUGCCGCCAGCUGGCAGCGGAGCAGCCGAUAGCAGCGCGUCAGACGAGGAGAAGGUCUGUGGCAGCAAAGAGAGUGUAGCUGGAGGCUCCGCCUUCAGUCAGGGCCCCCCUGCAGGCGUGGCUGACCUGGUGCUGGCCAACCAGCAGAUUAUGAGCCAGAUCUUAUCGGCACUGGGCCAGUGCAACAGCAGCGCCAUGGCUAUGAUCAUAGGAGCCAGCGGUCUGCACCUGACCAAACAUGAGAACUUUCACGGUGGUCUCGAUGCCAUCUCAGUAGGUGACGGCCUCUUCACCAUCCUCACCACCCUCAGCAAGAGGGCCACCUCAGUCCAGGUCAUGCUGCAGCCCAUCCUCACAUACAUGGCGUGUGGUUACAUGGGCCGACAGGGGUCUCUUUCUACGUGUCAGCUGUCAGAGCCUCUUUUGUGGUUCAUCCUCCGUGUGUUGGAUACCAGCGAGGCCCUCAAGGCCUUCCAUGACAUGGGUGGUGUGCAGUUGAUAUGUAACAACAUGGUGACCAGCACCAGGGCCAUUGUGAACACAGCGCGCAGCAUGGUGUCUACCAUCAUGAAGUUCUUGGAUUCAGGCCCUGGAAAGACUGCAGAUGGCAACCUCAAAGCCAGAGUGAUGACGUCCGAGCCCGACAACGCUGAGGGACUCCACAACUUUGCUCCCUUGGGCACCAUAACAUCCAGCAGCCCCACAGCGCAGCCAGCGGAGGUCCUCCUCCAAGCCACGCCGCCCCACCGCCGGGCCCGCUCAGCAGCCUGGUCCUACAUCUUCCUGCCAGAGGAGGCCUGGUGCGACCUCACCAUCCACCUUCCUGCCGCUGUGCUGCUCAAAGAGCUCCACAUCCAGCCACAUCUAGCCUCUCUAGCCACCUGCCCAUCCUCGGUCUCUGUUGAGAUCAGUGCUGACGGGGUCAAUAUGCUGCCGCUCUCCACGCCAGUCAUCACCAGCGGUCUGACGUACAUUAAGAUCCAGCUAGUGAGAGCGGAAGUCGCGUCAGCUGUUUGCCUGAGGCUGCACCGGCCCCGUGAUGCCAGCACACUUGGUCUGUCUCAGAUCAAACUCUUGGGCCUGACGGCGUUUGGUAACACCUCCUCUGCAACCGUCAACAAUCCCUUCCUGCCUUCUGAGGACCAGGUGUCUAAAACCAGCAUCGGGUGGCUGCGUCUUCUCCACCAUUGCCUGACCCAUGUCAGCGACCUGGAGGCCAUGAUGGCCAGUGCCGCAGCACCCACCGCCAACCUGCUGCAGACUUGUGCAGCAUUGCUCAUGUCACCUUACUGCGGCAUGCACUCGCCCAACAUCGAGGCCGUGCUGGUCAAGAUUGGCCUGCAGUCCACACGCAUUGGACUCAAACUCAUAGACAUUCUGCUAAGGAACUGUGCCGCUUCUGGCACCGACCCUGCCAAUUUAAACAGUCCUCUGCUGUUUGGUCGACUAAAUGGCCUCUCCUCAGACUCCACCAUCGACAUUCUGUACCAGUUGGGCACCACCCAGGACUCUGGGACGGAAGACAGGAUCCAGGCUCUUCUCCAGUGGGUCCAUGACUCAUCGCGAGUGGCCGCCCACAAAAUGAGUAGCCACAUGGGAUACAUUGGAGCCGGAGCUGGCUCUUCGUCUGCUUGGUCGAGGGAGUAUGGCCUCCUCAUGCCUUCGCCCUCCCACCUCCACUGCGUGGCAGCCAUCCUAUGGCACAGCUACGAGCUGCCUGUUGACUACGACCUGCCAGCACUGCUCAACAGAGAGCUCUUUGAGCUGCUGUAUAACUGGUCCAUGUCGUUGCCAUGCAGCAUUGUGCUGAAGAAGGCUGUGGACAGCCUGCUGUGCUCUGUGUGUCACAUCCACCCCAGCUACUUCUCCCUCCUCAUGUCCUGGAUGGGGAUCGUUUCAGCGCCCAGCGCCUGUCAUUCUCAGGCCCAGCAGCACCGCCUCUCCAUGACGGACGAUGGCAAAAAGCAGCACGAUGCCGACACCAGCGCCGCAGGACUUACAGACGACUCAAAGCAUGCCAGACCCCCCCUCAAUCUGUCCGAGUCGCAGUUAACUACACUGGCAGCUGCCUCCCAGUCUCCAGGAGCCAUAGAGCAGCUGCUGGCCUCGGGCUUACCAUCGCUGCUGGUUCGCAGCCUGGCCCAGUUCUGUGUCGGCCUCCUGGCCAGUGCCGACCUGCCUUUGCCUGCUGCUCAGACUGAGAGACGAUAUCACCAUCACCACUACCACUCCUCCUCUUCAUCGUCCUCAUCCUCGCACAUUAGGCCGCCUCUGGCUGCAGAGCUAGCCGCUCCGGUGCUGCGUUUCCUGACUGAAGUAGGCAACAGUCACGCUAUGAAGGACUGGUUAGGAGGACCAGAGGUGAACCCGCUCUGGACAGCACUGCUCUUCCUGCUGUGCCAUUCCAGUGCCAGUGCUGGUGCCAAUGCUCAGCCUGUGGCCUCUGGAUCUGCGGGCCGGCCUCCUCCUUCGCAGCCUCAGGCUUCAGGCUCCCGCUUCUCCCUGUCGUCUUCUGGGCAGGCAGGAGGACUCACCACGCAGCAGAGGACCGCUUUGGAGAACGCCACUGUGGCCUUCUUUCUCCAGUGUAUCUCGUGCCACCCUAACAACCAGCGACUCAUGGCUCAGGUUCUCUGUGAGCUCUUCCAAUCUGCACCCCAGCGAGGCAACGUGCCAAUUUCUGGAAACAUCUCAGGCUUCAUUCGAAGGCUUUUCCUACAGCUAAUGCUGGAGGACGAGAAGGUCACAGUCUUCCUACAGUCUCCCUGUCCGUUAUACAAAGGACGCAUCAAUGCCACAAGCCACAUGAUCCAGCAUCCCAUGUAUGGGGCAGGCCACAAAUACCGCACUCUCCACCUGCCCAUCUCCACCACGCUGGCUGAAGUCCUGGACCGGGUGUCCGACACACCCAGCAUCACAGCCAAGCUGAUCAAUGAGCAGAAGGAGGACAAGGAAAAGAAGAAUCAUGAGGAGAAGGAAAAGAUGAAAGCAGACAGUGGCUUCCAGGACAACUACAGUGUUGUUGUGGCCUCAGGCUUGAAGUCCCAGUCCAAGCGAGCUCUUUCAACCCCUCCAAGACCUCCAUCAAGGAGGGGUCGCGUGAUGAGUGACAAGUUGACUGCGUCGUCUGGUGUGGAUCCUUCUGCCAAAACCAUCAGUGUGCCUGUCUUCCACCUGUACCACAAGCUGCUUCCAGGCCAGCCCCUUCCAUCUGAGAUGACCCUGGCCCAGCUACUGACACUUCUGCACGACCGCAAGCUGCCGCAGGGCUACCAGUCUAUCAACCUGACAGUCAAACUGGGCUCCAAGGUCAUCUCUGAUCCUGGUCUUUCCAAGACCGACUCCUUCAAGAGACUACGCACAGAGAAAGUGGAUCACUGUGACAUACUGAACAGCUGUCCCGAGGACGAACCAAUGGCAGCCAGUGAAGAAUGUCUGGACGCCGCCACUGACGAGUCCCUGCUGGAGACGAACCCCAUCCAGUCACCGCUGCAGGUCUUUGCAGGCAUGGGCGGCCUGGCGCUGAUCGCAGAGAGGCUGCCCAUGCUCUACCCUGAUGUCAUUCAGCAGGUCAGCGCCCCGGUGGUGCCCUCGGCCACGCAGGAGAAACCAAAGGACAGCGACCAGUUUGAGUGGGUCACCAUCGAACAGUCCGGCGAGCUGGUGUACGAGGCGCCAGAGUCCAUCGCCGCCGAGCCGCCGCCCAUCAACAAGCAGCAGACCCAGUCGUCCUCAGCGUCGUCCUCCUCGGUGCAGACCAUGUCGCCCAUCCCCGCCCACUCCCUGGCAGCCUUCGGCCUCUUCCUGCGCCUGCCGGGGUAUGCAGAGGUGCUGCUGAAGGAGAGGAAGCACGCCCAGUGUCUGCUGCGCCUGGUGCUGGGUGUCACAGACGAUGGAGAGGGCAGUCACAUCCUGCAGUCUCCUUCGGCCAACGUGUUGCCCACGCUGCCGUUCCACGUGCUGCGAGCGUUGUUCAGCAGCACUCCUCUGACCACUGACGACGGCGUUCUGCUCCGCCGCAUGGCUCUGGAGAUUGGAGCCAUCCACCUCAUCCUGGCCUGUCUGUCAGCCCUCAGCCAUCACGCCCCUCGCAACCCCAACGCCAGCACUAAUGUGUCCGAGCCACAGAUAUCCAGUUGUCACGGCGCAGGGACCACUGAGGAGCAGCAGCUUUACUGGGCCAAAGGAACUGGUUUUGGUACUGGAUCCACGGCCUCAGGCUGGGACGUGGAGCAGGCCCUCACCAAACAACGGCUAGAAGAGGAACACGUCACCUGUCUACUGCAGGUCUUGGCAAGUUACAUAAACCCAGCGGGCUCCAACGGCAGCCACGGUGUUGAUGGCUCUUCAGCGGACAGCAGAGCCCACAACAGCUCAGCGCUGCCAGCAGUGCUGCAGGAGCUGCUAUGCCAAUCCUGCCUUAUCCCUGCCAUGUCCUCCUACCUACGCAAUGACUCCGUGCUGGAUAUGGCCCGUCACGUGCCCUUGUAUCGGGCUCUGCUGGAGCUCCUUAGGGCUAUUUCCACCUCCACGGCCCUGGUUCCUCUGCUGCUGCCUCUCUCUGGAAACCCGGGGCAGGAUGAGGACGAGGAGGAUGAAGAACACUCUGAGGGGCAGACUUCUGUAGGGAUGCUGCUGGCUAAGAUGAAGACAUGUGUUGACACUUACACCAAUCGCCUCAGGUCCAAAAAAGAUAAAAGCAAAGGUGUGGUGAAGCCAGACAGCUCCGAUCCAGAGCCUGAGGGUUUGACUCUGCUGGUGCCGGACAUCCAGAGGACAGCUGAGAUCGUCUACACUGCUACCACCAGCCUACGGCAGGCCAACCAGGAGAGGAAGCUGGUGGAGUCUUCAAGGAAGGUGUCAUGUCGGCCUAAGCCCCUGUCCAUCCUUCGCUCUCUGGAGGAAAAAUACGUUGCUGCUAUGAAGAAACUGCAGUUUGACACCUUUGAAAUGGUCUCGGAGGACGAGGAUGGAAAAGUGAUGUUUAAGGUCAACUACCACUACAUUUCUCAGGUGAAGAACGCAAGCGAUACAAACAGCGCAGCCCGAUCCCGCCGCCUUGCCCAGGAGGCCGUCACCCUGUCCACCUCUUUGCCACUGUCAUCCUCUUCCAGUGUCUUUGUCCGCUGUGAUGAGGAGAGAUUGGACAUCAUGAAGGUUCUCAUCACAGGCCCAGCAGACACCCCGUACGCCAACGGCUGCUUUGAGUUUGAUGUGUAUUUCCCCCAAGACUAUCCAAACUCCCCUCCUCUGGUCAACCUGGAGACCACAGGGGGACACAGUGUUCGCUUUAACCCUAACCUCUACAAUGAUGGCAAAGUAUGUUUAAGUAUCCUCAACACAUGGCAUGGGAGACCAGAGGAGAAGUGGAACCCACAGACCUCAAGCUUUUUACAGGUGCUAGUGUCGGUGCAGUCCCUCAUCCUGGUGGCGGAACCCUACUUCAAUGAGCCGGGGUACGAACGCUCCCGCGGGACUCCCAGUGGCACCCAGAGCUCAAGAGAAUAUGAUGGUAACAUCCGGCAGGCCUCCGUCAAAUGGGCCAUGCUGGAGCAGAUGCGUAACCCCUCGCCAUGCUUCAAAGAGGUGAUCCACAAACACUUCUACCUGAAGCGAACCGAGGUCAUGUCUCAGUGCGAGGAGUGGAUCGCUGACAUCCAGCAGUACAGCAGUGACAAGAGGGUGGGCCGCACCAUGUCCCACCAUGCAGCUGCACUCAAGAGACACACGGCUCAGCUCCGAGAGGAGCUCCUGAAGCUGCCCUGCCCCGACGGUCUGGAGCCCGACGGCGAGGAUUUCUCCGAGCGGAGCUCCGCCCUCAUCCUCAAGGAGCUGUCCAGUCAGGACGCAGAGAAGCCCGGCGGCAGUCAGGGCGGCCACUGCAACGAGGGACAGCUAUGAGUCCCCCCACCCCUCCCCACCCCCCCUCCGUGCCCAGCAUCCACACACCCCCCCCUCCCCCCCUCCUCCCCAUGAUGAUUAUUACUCUCAAAGACUCGAUGGCUUCCGAGCACAAGCCACCACUUUGUCAAUAUUUGUAUGUAAAGAUCUACUAGCAGAAUAGCGGGGUGUAGGAGACCAGAAUGAGAUGAGAAGAACAAUGGAGUACGCUUCGCCCUUAUUGAAAACUUUUAUUUACCUGUAAAAGAGUGUAAACAUUUUGUGCUUUUUUUCCAAUUGUGAAAUAACCACUGAUUGGUAUGUUAUUAAACUUGUUUAUGUAUACAUAAUGGCAGAGAAAAAACAAAUUAUAUAAGGGAAACUACCUUUUAGAGAAGAAUGUUUACUGAAUGUUAAUUUCCCCUUUUUCUUUUUGACUGUUAGAGUGAGAAAACAGUUGUAACCAAGGACAUUGGUCAUUCUUUAAAGUUACCAUUUAAAAAAAAUGAGCGAAUAGGAAAACGCACACGUAACAAACCUGAGAUAAAGAGCCCCUACGGUCAUCUUUUCUUUUGAUUUCAUCUUAGGCUCAUAUCUUCUCCAAUAAAUGCUGAGAUGGAAAUUCUUAAUUGCUAUGUUCCCUUUUACAGGCUCCAAAUUAAAAAGCACCAUGCUCUGGAUAAACAUUUGUUGCCUCUCAGAGUCGCAUGGGAAAUUUGUUUUGAAGGCAUUUGUACGUGUGUUUUCUGUGCGUGUGCAACAAUCCUCAGUGAGAUACAAAGCUGUGAUGUGCCUUUGAUCUACACCAAAUACUCCAACCGAGUACCUUUACUGAUUCCUUUGCUUUCCCUACACAAUUAUGUUCUGCUCCGUCUGACACAAGAGUUGCUUUGAUCUUUUUUUUUAUUUUGUUGAACUUCAGUGAACAAAUGCACUUUCUAUUUUACCCACUUCUUAGGACGGCCACAUUCUCCUUUUGCUAGGACAUUAAAUGGAGCUUGAAAGUA